GUCUUGCGGGAAGCAUAGAUAAUUGAAUUUGAAUUGUUCUGUCAAGAGAGAUUGUAAUCAGACGUUGUUUCGUUGUUACAUUAAUAUAAGCUCAAAAUUUCGUUGGAAUGUUCCUAAACCUCUUAGUUAUGUAACAUUAUCAAUUACGAAUCGUUUUCAAGAAACAACCCACACAUUUCUUCGAAGAGGAAAAUCUCCCUUAAAUGGACCAGAACAGGCCAGAUAACAGUUCUCAACAGCAAAACGUGCACCUGCACAUGCAUCAAGUAGUCUGCGGCUGUCACGGCAACAUCUACCCCACCCCCGCCUAUUACCAACCGGUGAGCUUCCGCAGCCCCCCGCCCCCCAUGGUGGCCUACAACCCCCAGCAGCUGGCCAGGCCCUACCUGCAGCACUACCAGUACACGCAGUUCAACCAGUACUCUCUGCCGGUGCCCCAGGUGGCCGGCGCGGCCGCGGCCACGAUGUACUCCGCCAACAACCAGACCGACAUCCUGUUCGGGUCCGCCGGCAGGGACAGGAGGGAGAGGCUGGAGGCCCAGGAGGAGGUGCUGGAGGCGGAGAAGCCGAGCGAGUCCUCCGGUUACGAUUACGGCCACGUAUCACCUCCGCCCACCAAGGAUCUGCUGACGGGCAACGUGGACGACAACAUGUCCGACAACUUCGUCAAAUUCCUGGAACGCAGCUGCAUAACGGCCGAACAGAUAGCGCACAGGAACAGGAACCGGCCCUGCUUCCGGAACAUCCAGAACCUGUGCGUGCGCACCAGGUCGGAGAUCCUGAAGCCCUGCACGACGGUGUCGAACAUCCAUUCGCAGGGGAUACCGUGGGCCACCAAGGACUUCAUCUACGCCUUCGUCAGGCUGACCAACUGCUGGCACAUACUCAGGGGCUACUGGGAGAACAGGGACGGACCGGCCAUCGGGAAGAUAACGAGGGAGCUGACGCCGGAGUUCCGAGAGUGCUACGUCAGAUGGGAGAAGGAGACGAUGGAACUGGCGGCCCAGCUGACCAAGGUCUUCUACAACCUGGACACGAACAUCAACAGUCCGUUGCACACCGGCAGCAUUCACUCGGCCAACAACCUGGUACCGCCGCAGGUGCAAUAUCUCCAGAUAAACCUGAUGAAGAACGCGGAGUUCUCCAAAACGACCUGCGUAGAGACAGUGACCUCGACGGCGGCACCAGUCCAGACCUCGGUGGUCUCGUCGAAGAGCACCAGAGGCGUCCUUCAUCUGCCAUCGACGACGGAGACAAUGGACCAAGGCAAUCAGACCUGUUCCGGAGACUUCUUCUCCAAAUCGCCGGAGAACACCGAGUGUCUGAUGAUCGACAACGAGGAGGAGGAGGACAUGUCCAAGGUCUACAUGAAACCGGGCAGCUACAACGUUCCGAAGAGGACGGUGGCCAACAACACGGAGACCACGCUGAUGAACGGAAGCCCCAGGACCAUCGAGUUCUUGGAGACCGCACAGAACGUGAACAAGGUGAUGGAGGCAGCUUCUGAUCGCUAUUGGUCCAGCAACCACAACAAGAAGGUCAUCGCGAAGCCGGUGAAGGAAGACGUGGAGGCUCUCCAGUUCAACGUCCAGAAAUGGCUGAUCAGCAGCCGUUUCUCCGACUACGACAACGCCUCGACCGGUUCCUCUUCGCCGCCCAACAUCGGCGCCUACUACAUCGACACGCCCCCGAUCACCUACGGGGAGGUGAACCACCAGCAGGACUCGGAGAUGCCCUCGCAGAAGCCCGGCACCUACACCCUGCUCCAGAGGGAGAAGACCUCGAUGCUGUCCACGCCGAAGGGUUGCCUGAACGGCAGGAGCGACCUCGGCGUUGGGUUCCGCAAGAGGAACGACCUGAAGAAGUCGUUCAAGUCGACCUACGAGGACCAGCUGGGCGGCUUGACGGAGAUCGCGAUCGAUCUCCUGGAGAAAACCAUCGUCGAGUUGAAGACCACGGAAUUUGCGGAUUACAUAUCGCAGGUUAAAACGGAAGACCACUUGCCAGCUUCGAACCUCGAUUGGAUCCUGAACAAAUUGAAGACGAAUCAAUACAAGUUUGUCAACGAAGUCGUAAGAGAUCUCUAUUAUGUGGUGAAUUUUACAUCGAUAUAUUAUGGGAAUUUCCUCGAUCUCGACUCGAAAAUAGACGCCUUCGUCCAGAGGAUCCAAUCCAUGCUCGAGGCCCGAUUCAAUCACUUCGACUUCUCGACUAUCAACGGCCUGAAAGACGAGCUGGUCGGUCCGUUGAAAUUGAAGAUCACGAAACUGGACGGCGACGGCGAUCACAUGACCUAAGCUGGCUCGAAUGUUGUUUGUGUCAAGAGCACAUUGAAACUUUUGAACUCUUUUCUCCGAGAAACAAUUGACAAAUCAGCCACAGUUCUAUCAGAAAAAUGUUUGUUUUAUAUGACGAAUACUCAUCAGUUUCCUUUACUACAAAUUAAAAAAAAAAUUUAAACAUUUUCUGUCACAAUAAUGGUCGCAUGUUUUAUAUUUCUAUUUUAUAAUAUAUAUGGAUCAAUUGACUUUUAUUAAUCGAAAACGUUGACAUGUGUUAUAUAGAGUGAAAUAAUCCAGAAAAAACAGUUGAUUUAUCGAGUAACUCAUUUGAUUUCAGUAAAUUUGAAUGAAUCAGCUGAACUAGUUGAAUAGCUCAAAUUAAUUUGUCUGCAGAAAAAUAAAAAAAUUACCUCAUUCAGUUUUUACCUUUAUUACAGUUCUUAAAAAAAAAUGUUUGUUUGUUUGGUUUUAGGUUGUAUUGUAUUGUUUAGAAGACUAGCCAAAUAUUUGUGUAACCCCUAUCGUUAAUGUUAAUCUCUGUAAAUUUACAUUGAAAAAAGAAAAAAAUCGUAUGGUUCCAAAGUGUUAAAGUUUAAAUAAUAUUCCUCAAUAAAGAGUUUGCAAAUGUCA